AUGAAGGCAGCAGUCCCUCCUUCUCGACCAUCUUCCGUCUCUCGCUGUCACUACGUGUGGCACAACGAGCUUAAACUUGACACGCCUUCACCUCUGACGCUCGAGGCCGACUUCCUCCCGCGUAGCUGCCUCGUUAUGGUCGGCGUAUUCCCCGGUGUAUGUAGCUUUGCACAGGCAAUCUUGAACUCGCUCGGUGUGCCUGAUGCGACGGUCUACCGCUGCGAGUCUGCUAUGGACGCCAUGUCCGCCUACUUCGCUAAGAAGAAUGAAGUUCGGGUGGAAGGGGACGAGCGGUUUCUUGCAUUGUACAAGCUUUCCGUAGGUCCUGCGAUCAAACAGCUACUUGCCCGAGUCUGGCCGCCAAGUGAUCGGAUGGAAGCCGCUAGACUGCUCACCGAUCCGAUCUCCGGUCGGUGUGUUGAUCUGUUAUUCGACGAAGGACUUGCGAAGCAGGUUGAAGCAAACCUGGAGGAACUCUGGCGCGACCAACACGACGCAGCGGAGAAGUUGUCGGGCGAAACUGUAAAUCCAAGCAAUGCAAAGCAACUCGAUGUCGCCGGAGACGAUAGCCUGUCCAUUCCCCCUGACUCUCCGCCGGCCCUUCGCACUCCUGUGGGGUCAGGUUGGCGAUAUAGCAUGUCGUGGGAGAGCCAAAGAGUCAUUAAGUCGCCGAUUCACUUUCUUCAGAAACCUCAUACACCAGACAACUCUGGACGGAGCUCGCCCACGAGUGCUUCCAGUACCCCGCCCGCCAUAGUACCUGAAACAUAUCGUAAGGGUUCUGUAUCAACCCCGAACAUGCGGAGCGAUGCUGGUCGCGCUCGCACCGAACUUCUUGGGUUGCUCAAGGGCAUGGGAAUAGGCCUUGCGGACACUGUAAAUCUCGACCGCUUCAUUGUCGAAGUGAAUGGCCUACAUAGGCGCCCGGACCUGCCUGUCCCUUUCGUACCGACAGCCAAGUGGCAACCUCCAAACAAACUGACACCCGCACAUGACUCGGCGCCCGACUGGUACCCGUCCAGCGCCAACGUCAACAAGGCUAUCGAACGCGCCGGGCUGACCGUGUUCGCGGUGAAGUGGACGAUUGUCGUUAUAGGCAAUGCUCCUGGCAUCUUUCCAAGCCUUGAUAGUGCUAAGGCGAGAAAUCAGUAUACUCCGUCGGCCUGGUUCAGAUAUGAAUUCGCAGACUCGGUCACGCAGGCCAUCGACCGGUGGCACCUCCGCAUCAGACACAAGCUUGUAGAGAUCGUGAAGCUCAGGCGUGUUGCGCCGCCAUCGAGGGAGUGUUAA